AUGAGCAAACUGGAAAUCACUGUCCUCUACUUCGCUGCUGCAUCAACAGCAACUGGAUUGGCCGAACAAUCCAUCACUCUCCCUGCCCCACAAUACCCGCUGUCCUCAUUGAGCGGUCUCCUGGUAUCAUUGCACCCAGAUGUCGGCCUAGACAAGAUCCUUCAGUCCAGUCAAUGGAGCGUGAACGCUGAGAUGGUGGACAGCGUCAAAGAAGUGACACUGAAAGGAGGAGAAGAAGUCGCUGUCAUAUGCCCUGUAUCAGGUGGAUGA